CGUGACUUCAUCAUCAUCAUAUCGUGUUUUUUUCUACAGUAGCGUAGUGGUCGAUUUUUGCAGCCUCUAUUUUCUUUGCGGUGUACAGCCGAGUUUCUCACUGAAUAGAGCAGUGUGCGCUGCAGGAAAGAUUGUGCAUUUUGUGGUGCAAGUGCAGCACGGUAACGCCAUCAGCAAAAGCCAUUGUUAAAUAGGGUCAGAAAAGGUGGCGUAGAAGUUUCCAGCAGCUCCCGGAUUCAUCGACACUCCCCCGUCGCUUCGAAAUCUUGUGCGCGUUGUGCGAGUCCCUUGUGCGAGCAGUUACAUUUCGACCCGAGGAAAAAAAUCCCCCGUCGUAACGCACCGUCAUCAUGGAUGAGGAAUACGACGCGAUCGUGCUCGGAACCGGCCUGAAGGAGUGCAUCCUCAGUGGAAUGCUGUCCGUGUCGGGCAAGAAAGUGUUGCACAUCGACCGAAAUAAGUAUUAUGGUGGUGAAUCGGCUUCGAUUACGCCCCUCGAGGAUUUGUUCUCUCGGUUCGCCGUGGACCUGCCGGAGGGAAAGUAUGGUCGCGGUCGGGACUGGAAUGUAGAUUUGAUUCCCAAAUUCCUAAUGGCCAACGGGCUGCUGGUGAAGCUGCUGAUACACACGGGUGUGACCCGUUAUUUGGAGUUUAAGUCAGUUGAAGGGAGCUACGUUUACAAAGGUGGUAAAAUUUCCAAAGUUCCGGUCGAUCAAAAGGAGGCUCUCGCGUCGGAUCUGAUGGGACUGUUUGAGAAACGACGCUUCCGGAACUUCCUGAUCUACGUGCAGGACUUUGUCGCGGACGAUCCAAAAACAUGGAAGGACUUUGACCCAUCCACCAAGGACAUGCAGGCCUUGUACGAAAAGUUCGGACUGGAAAAGAGCACUCAAGAUUUCACCGGUCACGCACUGGCCCUGUAUCGAGAUGAUUCGUAUCUUACCGAGCCGGCCAUCAAAACGAUCAAUCGCAUUAAGCUGUACUCGGACUCGCUGGCACGUUACGGCAAGUCGCCGUAUCUGUACCCAAUGUACGGUUUGGGAGAACUGCCCCAGGGCUUUGCACGACUAUCGGCUAUAUACGGCGGUACGUACAUGCUAGACAAGCCGAUCGAUGAAAUUGUGUACGAUGCCAGCGGAAAAGUCGUCGGCGUACGUUCCGGCGAAGAGGUGGCCAAAUGUAAACAGGUCUACUGCGAUCCCACCUAUGUACCAAACAAGGUACGCAUCUCGGGAAAGGUUAUUCGCUGCAUUUGCUUGCUGGAUCACCCGAUCCCGAAUACGAAGGAUGCCCUUUCGACUCAGAUCAUCAUUCCACAGAUGCAGGUCGACCGCAAGUCGGACAUUUACGUAUCGCUCAUCAGCUCGACGCAUCAGGUAUCGGCCAAAGGAUGGUUCAUUGCCAUGGUAUCCACCACGGUGGAAACCGGCAACCCCGAGGCAGAGAUUAAACCCGGUCUUGAUCUGCUCGGGCCGAUCGCACAAAAGUUCAUGUCCAUUACGGAUUACUACGAACCAACCGACGAAGGUUUGCAGUCCCAGGUGUUCAUCUCGCAGUCGUACGAUGCAACCACACACUUUGAAACCACCUGUCUGGAUGUGCUUGACAUUUUCAAGCGCGGCACCGGCGAGGACUUUGACUUUUCCAAAAUCAAGCAGGAACUUGGUGACGAGGAGCAGUAAAACGGUUGGGCAGCCCUACAGUAGAACGCCACAGUGUGAAAAGGGAAUGGGAGAAAUAAGCAAACAACCAUUGUGUGGAAAAAAUAGAAGCUCCGAGGCGAAAUUAAUGGUGGAGCAAAGGUGCAUGCCGACAAGGGCAACAUCUAU